AUGUCUGCAAAGCAUUUCCGGUUUGCAGUUAUUGCAGAUUUGAGGUGCAGAAACAGUUAUGAUCUUCUCACCUUAUGCUCAACAAAUUCUUACUUCAAUGGAUCAUAUCGCUGGCUCAUGUUUGCUAAGCAUGAUUUGGAUGAAACAAUGGAUCUUAUGAAAACCCAGAAUAUGAACAUCGAUUCUAGUGUAGCCAUAGUUGUUCCAGCUUCUGAAAAAAGGAAAAUUGAUAUCUACGAGAUAUAUGGUACAAUUCACAAACGAGGAGGUACAAUAUACGUGAUGAAAGUUGCUGAAUACAGCCAAGGUAUUAUAAACUGGACAUGUUCUACAAAAUUGUACAGCAUUCGAAGCGAUUUGGAAAGACUUCGAUUAGUUUCCAUUGUAGCGACACUUGGCACAACCCUUAACGUCACGCUUGAGGAACAUUUGCGAUCAUUGAAACCUGCCAGGAGCUAUGCGUAUGAUCGGUUUACCUAUCAAAUAGUGCAACUAUUGCGCCAACGACUUAACUUCAAAGUUGACUUUAUUAGGACACGUGACUACGCUUUGGAAGCCAUUGGAACAAAUUCAACCAGUGGAAUAAUUGGACAGCUUCAACAAAAUUUAGUGGAUUUCUCAAUAACUCCUAUGGCAGUUACAGCGGAACGAAUAGGCUCAUUUGAUCAAACAGUAGGAAUUUUAGAUGUCAGAAUCAUGACAGUGUUCCGACACCCGAAGGAUUCAGGGGCACGACACAUUUUUUUGAAACCGUUCGAGAAUUUAGUGUGGGUUGGAAUAGGAAUUGUUGUGUUGCUGUCGAUUUUUGUAUUUACAAUGGCAAUUUGCACAAAACGAAGGUGCUCUUUGGACUUUUUGCAGUGUGCAACUGCUGUUGUUGGCGUGAUUUGCCAACAAGGUAGUAUGGAAAAAAUAUCAAUCGGAUUGUCCAGGAUAGCGACAAUUGCAGUGGUUGUAUUCUCUAUUUUGAUUUAUCAAUUCUACUCAUGUUACUUCAUCGGAUAUUUUCUAGUGCUGCCUCCGAAAACUAUUCGAACGUUAGAGCAGUUGAUCACCACCAACAUUAAGGUAUCAGUUGAAGAUCUCUCCUAUAACCGUGAUUUUUUUAAGAAAACAAAAAUUGCAAUCGCCCGCGAGUUGUACGAUAAGAAAAUAUCCACCAAUGAAUUUGGUUUCACGAACGUCAGCAUGGGAAUAGCUAUGGUAAAACAAGGGGGGCAUGCCUUUCAUUGCGAUACGACUUAUGGAUACAGACUUGCGUUAGAAACAUUCACUGAACAGGAAAUUUGUGACCUACAAGAGGUUUAUUUGUACCCGGUGCGUUCUAUUCACAUAAAUUUACCAAAGGGGAGCCCAUUGAAGGAACCGUUUCGAGUGACCCUGAGACGAUUGAAGGAAAUCGGACUGAUGGAAUACUACAUAAAGAAACUGACGACAAAGAGGCCGGCUUGUCUGAAAAAUAAUUCCGGCUCUCUUCAGGUCUAUUUGGCAGAGGUUGUCGAUUUGUACUGGAUUUUGCUGUUUGGAGUUGGCACAAGCUUUGCUUUUUUCGUACUGGAAAUGUUGAGCUGUCGAAUAUGUGCUUACAUUGAAAUGAAGAAAUUUGCUAAGAGUUACAGGGGUUGGAUCAAUUGAGAAUCUUUGACGUUAAAUUUUACGAUUAACAAGUUGGA